AUAAUGUCCGGAAGAAACCAGGACCUCUUUCUUGCUUUUACAAUUCUGCCACCUGUCGGACAGUUGUUCAGAUGGUCGUAAAAGCGAACAGCGACGCGUCCUCGAUGAAGAAAAACAAGACAAUGAAAACCAAAGGAGAGUUGAAGUUAAAGGGACCAGCUAAACAGAAGAGGAAGAAGACAGACAAUGAAGAAACGUCAGAGACUGAACCUAAAACACUGAAAAAACAGAAGGUGCAAGCAGAACCAGAGGAACAGGUGGAAAAUCUUGAAGAAGAGCUGACCCCAGAGGAGAAGAGAGUGGCAGAGAGGAAGAUGAAGAAGAUGCUAAAGAAAGAGGAGAAGAUGCGGAAGAGAGAAGAGGGGAUCGGUGAGGACAAGAAGGAGGACCAGAGCAAAGCAGCAGAGAGGGCACUGGAGUAUCUGAACUGCUGGUCUGAGAAAAGAUCUGAGUGGAGGUUUAAGAAGAUCAGACAGACGUGGCUUCUCCAGCACAUGUACGAUCCAGAAAAGAUGUCUGAUGCGUCAUUCUCCAUUAUGCUGUUGUACCUGGAGAAUCUGCGUGGAGUGGCGCGGGACGUCACCGUUCAGAAAGCUGAGGCCAUGAUCAAGGAGGACAAAGGAGACCCGUCACAGACCGCAGACGACCAGAAAAGAAUACAAAGAGCCCUAGAAGUUGUUAGGCUACUCGCUGUGGACUAAUGAGCAAGCGAGCAUGCACGCAUGUACACACACACACAGACAGAUACACACCAGGACUUAAAGGUCUCAGACUACGCACACACACACAAAUACUUAAAAAAAAACACGACAAAUACUUCAGACAAUAAAACAUGUUUUACUAA